AUGGGGAAGCUUGGGUCUCUUCUGAAGCCCGACGAGGCCAACAAUCAGCUAGCGGCUGCGAUUGCAAAUCGCCUUUGCGAGAAUCUUCGAAUCUCCCUAGCCCGGGCCUGUCAAGACUAUGCGCUCAAGCAAGUGCCCCAGACCUUUGAUUCUUCAGAGUCUUUAGAGUUAGAGAGAAGCAAGAUUCUGACAGCUGACAGCACGAUGGUUGCUCGCUUCCUUGGGGAUCUCUGCACGACACCGACGGCCCGCAGCCGUUGUUUGUAG